AUGAUCUCUGCACCUCUCCGAACCUCCGUUGGAUCAGCUUUACGAUCAGCUGCCGCUUCCUCCAAGCGAGCACCUGUCUCUCGAUCCAUGGCUACACUCGUCGACGAGAAGCGACUCCCUGCUAAAUUCGGUGGCAAAUACACCGUAACCCUCGUACCAGGUGAUGGUAUCGGUAAAGAAGUCGCUGAUUCGGUCAAAGAGAUCUUCGAAGCUUUGAAAGUACCUGUUCAAUGGGAACAAUACGAUGUAUCGGGUGAGACUACAGGUGGAGAUGAUUUGUUCCAACAAGCUAUGGAGAGUUUGAAGAGGAAUAAAGUUGGUUUGAAGGGUAUCCUCUACACCCCAAUCGACCAAACAGGCCACAACUCAUGGAACGUCGCCAUGAGACAACAACUCGACAUCUACGCUUCCGUCGUUGUCUGUAAAUCAUUACCUGGUUUCCCAACAAGACAUGAUAAUGUUGAUUUCGCCAUCAUCAGAGAGAACACCGAGGGUGAAUACAGUGGUUUGGAACAUCAAUCGUACCCUGGUGUCGUGGAGUCUUUGAAGGUUUCAACGAGGGCUAAGGCAGAGAGAAUAGCGAGAUUCGCCUUUGAUUUCGCUGUCAAGAACAACAGAAAGAAAGUAACCUGUGUCCACAAAGCCAACAUCAUGAAACUUGGUGAUGGUCUUUUCCUCAACACCUGUCGACGAGUUGCCGAACAAGAAUACGGUCAUACCGGUAUCAAGUUCGAGGCUAUGAUCGUUGAUAACACCGCUAUGCAACUUGUAUCUAAACCUCAACAAUUCGAUGUCAUGGUUAUGCCUAACUUAUAUGGUACCAUCUGCGCCAACAUCGGUUCAGCCUUGGUAGGUGGUCCAGGUAUCACUCCCGGAUGUAACUUUGGUCGGGAAUACGCCUUGUUCGAACCUGGUUGUCGACAUGUCGGUAAGGAUAUUAUGGGAACCAACAAAGCCAACCCUACUGCGUUGAUCUUAUCUUCUACGAUGAUGUUGAGACACUUGGGAUUGGAAUCUCAAGCGAACUUGAUCGCUGGAGCUACGUAUGAUUUGGUUAAGGAAGGUAAGAUCAGAACUGCUGAUUUGGGAGGUUCAGCAACCACUACCGAUUUCACCAAGGGAUUAAUCCAACGACUCCUUUAA